UAGAGCCGUUUCGGUCUUCUUCGAGGCAUCCCCAAGAGACUCUCUUUCAGCUCUUGGAAGCAAACGCUUAAAACCCCACGACUGCUCCCUCGGAGAACAGCCCGAAUCAGCAAUGGCGUCCGAUGCUUCAGCAGCCUUGUCAGUAAGGCAGAAAGUUCAGAAAUUUCUAGAUGCUGCUCGCACGGGGAACCUCGAUCUCUUCAAGACGCUGGCAAUGCAGCUAGAUGAAGGGAAGGGGCUGGCGAAGACGGUGGCUGACGUGAAGGAUGCGAAUAAGAGGACGGCGCUCCACUUUGCGGCCAGGGAGGGGAGGACCGAGGUUUGCAAGUACUUGCUCGAGGAGUUGAAGCUUGAUGUCAAUAUGAGGGAUGAUGAUGGAGAGACUCCUCUUAUUCAUGCUUCUCGACAAGGGCACUUUCUCACUGCAAAGUAUCUUCUUGAGCAAGGGGCAGAUCCAUCUGCUUCCAGUGAACUAGGCGCCACUGCUCUGCACCAUGCUGCCGGAAUAGGAAACAUUGAGCUGUUGAGACUUCUGCUUUCCAAAGGGGUUGAUGUGGAAUCACAAAGUGAUGCUGGUACUCCCCUAAUAUGGGCUGCUGGUCAUGGACAACAAGAUGCUGUCAAAGUUUUGUUAGAACACCAUGCUAAUCCGAAUGCUGAAACAGAUGAUAAUAUUACUCCAUUGUUGUCAGCUGUUGCAGCUGCAUCGCAUCCAUGUCUAGAAUUAUUAAUUCAGGCAGGUGCUAGUCCAAAUAUUAAUGCAGGUGGAGCAACUCCAUUGCAUGUUGCUGCUGAUAAUGGAAGCAUAGAAGUUAUUGAUUGCUUAUUAAAAGCUGGAGGAGAUCCUAAUAUUUGUGAUGAUGAUGGUCUAAAGCCUAUACAAGUUGCUGCUUUAAGAGGUAUCCGUGGAGUUGUAGAGAUUCUUUUUCCAUUGACAUCUCCUGUUCCGAAUAUUUCAAACUGGAGCAUUGAUGGAAUAAUUGAAUACAUGCAAUCUGAGGCAAAGAAGGAACAAGAAAAUACGAAGGAAGCUAUCUUGCAAAAAGGUGCCAAUGUACAAAAACCGGAGAUUAUUGAGGUGACACCUGAAGCAAAAAGGAAAUCUCUGGAAGCUAAAGCAAGAGGCGAAGAUGCCUUUAAAAGAAAAGACUAUCAAAUGGCAGUAGAUGCUUAUACGCAGGCUAUUGAUUUGGAUCCCAAUGAAGCUACUUUGCUCUCAAAUAGAAGCCUUUGUUGGAUACGUCUUGGACAAGGUGAGUGCGCCUUGGCUGAUGCCAAGGCUUGCAGAGCUCUGAGGCCAGACUGGCCCAAGGCUUGCUAUAGAGAAGGUGCGGCAUUGCGUUUAUUACAACGGUUUGAUGAGGCAGCUAAUGCCUUUUAUGAAGGUGUGAAGCUUGACCCUGAAAACAAGGAACUUAUAAAUGCUUUCAGGGAAGCUGUCGAAGCUGGAAAGAAAUUUCAUGGCACGGACCAGCAAAAACAAUGACAUUUUUUAACUGCGAGGACCUGCUAGGAUUGUGAAGGCUUCCUGUAUUUUUCUUCUGAUGCACACUUUUUUUGAAAUUUCUUUUUACAAAUCUGCCUUUGUUUUAUGUCCUUGUAGGUGUCCCUUUUUGAGGUGGAAUAUGGGCAUCUUGAAAUUACCAUGAAUAGAAUGUGUGAAAAGCCUGAGUGGUUUAUAAAUCUGUUUGGAAGUAGCGAAUGUAUAAGUCCAUCUUUAGCAGUUAGAUUUCCUCCUCUCCCCACUCUUCUCUCUCUUUGGUUUUUGACAUGGGUGUUUUGGGGUGAUUGGGUAGGUGUGGUGAUGUUUCUGGAAGUAUGGAUGUGACUUCAUAAUAUAAUUUUCAGAAAUGUUUGCCCAUUCUUUUG